AUGCGGCCUAUUAUUGCGAUUCUCGCUUUAAUCACUCUCGCGUAUGCCGCCGUAGACGACAUUACUGUAGAAAGUUUCAAAAUCGGAUUUCUCGCUAAAGACCAAGAUGCAAAGGAUGAGCAUUUAAAAAAAAUGGCGGUUUUUUCCAAAGCAUCUGGAGUGUUGAGUGGGGACGCUAACCAGCGAUUGUACGUAAAGUUUGACAUUCAAAAGAAGUCGGAUAAAUCUAAAGUUGCUCCUGAACAAGUUUUCUUGCGAUUCGAGCAUUCUACCGGCGAAGAUGUGAUUCUGGCGCUUGAAUCACAAUCCACUGGUGGAUAUUUAUACGAUACGUCUCUUCGAGUAGCUGCUAAGAAGUUCAACCAUCUCACUGGUUCAUUCAAAGCCAGCCUCAUUGUUGGAGGAAAAACUGUCAAGAAUCCAAUCAACUGGACCUUUGCUGAUCUUGAACUAGCAUUGCCAUCAAAUCCACCAAUCGUGCCAAAAUCUCAAAAAAUCAGCUACGACGUUUUGCCAGAAAUCGUUCACCAAUUCCGUCAACCAGAAAAGAGACCUCCAGCAGUCAUUUCUGACGCCUUUACCAUCAUCUGCCUUCUUCCACUCGCAUUUCUUCUUGCUGUUUGGUUCAAGAUUGGAAUCAAUUUCGACAAUGCCCCAGCAUCUCCAUGGGUCAUAAUUUUCCACGGUGGACUUGCUGGAAUUCUUGCGCUCUACCUUUACUUCUGGAUCAAGAUCGACAUGUUCGAAACUCUCAAAUAUCUUUCGGUACUCGGGUUCAUUACAUUUGUCGCUGGAAACCGCGUUCUCAGAGCACUCGCUACUGACAAGUAA